CAAGAUACGUGUGGCCAAAAUUGACACAAUCUUAUUCUUGCAUUUAGUCAUCCUUGUUAUGUUCCUAUUUUAUGAACAUCAUCAAAUUGAUGUGAUUAAGGUUUCCUUGAACCCAUAGAUUAAUUAUCGAAUUUUCGAACUCAUGGUGGUUCUAAGCUACCAAGUUGUUCAAUUUCCAAACACUAAUAUCCACCGAUGUUCACCAUUAAAGCGUCACAUUCAUUAUCCUGGCGGCAGUUUCAUCCGGUGUGGGAUUGCUGAGCCGUCAGGACAACCCGCGCCAAUGGGACAGAAGACAAAGUAUAACGACGGGGUGUUCGAGAAGGUGUUUAUGAGUUUAUUUGCGCGAAAAAUGGAAAAGUUUUCCGGGAAACCGGACAAAGAAACCGAGGGUAAGAAAAAAGGAUUGUUUGACUAUGACUAUGAAAGUUUUGUCGAUGUUUCGAGGCGAGUAAUGCAAGGACGAAACCGGAUACAACAGCAAGAAGUUGUUAGGGAGGUCCUUUUAUCUAUGCUUCCUCCUGGUGCCCCUGAACAGUUUAGGAAACUGUUUCCACCUACAAAAUGGGCAGCAGAGUUCAAUGCAGCCUUAACAGUCCCAUUUUUCCAUUGGUUAGUUGGUCCAUCUGAGGUUAUCGAAGUAGAAGUAAAUGGGGUAAAGCAAAGGAGCGGUGUUCAUAUCAAGAAAUGCAGGUACUUGGAGAACAGCGGGUGCGUAGGAAUGUGUGUGAAUAUGUGUAAAAUUCCUACUCAAGACUUCUUCACCAACGAAUUCGGUCUUCCCCUGACUAUGAUUCCAAAUUUUGAAGAUAUGAGUUGUGAAAUGGUGUACGGGCAACCUCCACCGCCUUUUGAAGAGGAUCCGGUGGCCAAACAACCGUGUUUUGCUGAUGUUUGUUCUGUAGCAAAUCCCAAUGCCAGUAUCUGCCCCAAACUACAAGUUUGAUCAUGUAUAUUGACACAAAUUAUACAGUUUCUUGAUAUUUGGGUAUGGCUCCAUUUUUGAAUUGUAGCAACAAUUCUUAAAGUGAAACUGAAAUAAUAAACAGAUAUAUUACAGUAGAUGUAUAGUAUAUUUGUACACGCGGCAACCAUUUCUACACCACUGUGAACAUUUUAUACCUGAAUGUUGAACUUAGUUAUGUGAUAAUAGUUAGUUAUGUGAACAUUUUUAAA